AUGUCCGCAAAGCCGAGCGCAUCUAGCGCGGCCUCCUCGAGCAGCUCGCAGGACAUCACGCCACAAGCGAAUGCGUCUGUAUGGCCCAUACAAACGUGUGACAGAGGCGUCGCUCCUUCCGUCUCAGCAACGACAUCGACGGCUGGCCGCAAGAGACUGACCUACGUACCCCUCCCACAGCUUGAUUUCGAGGAUGUAUCUUUCUUUUGCGACUUCGACUACUUGGCACAAAGACAGUUGCCGACAUUUCAAAACGGAAAGAAUGCUACGCUAAGCACAGGAGCCGUGGUGAAAGGUUCCAAGAGGAAGCGCUCGCCAUCAAUAUCUGAUCAGCUCGAUAGUUCACCAAGUCCCAAGAAGAAGGGAAAGGAUGCAGCGCCAAGUCGACAGGAACACGAGCGAGUUGUCUUGAUAGAGACGUGCUGCUACUUUCUCAUCAAAGCGCGCGAGGCACACGACACCGACAUUGUUCUGGGCUUGAAGCAGGCCAUCCAAAGCGCUCACCCUCCGGCACAAUUACAUAUUGCCGAUGUGGCCUUUUCGGUCUCUACCUCUGCAUCAGCUCGUUCAGAAGAUAGCAUCAUUGGCUCAACGCUCCGUCUCUUCGAUCGACAAAGUGGAAACGUCGUUGUAGAACUGCCCCUCUUGGAUACCGAUCGCACCAAUGACAUGGACGCGGAUGGUGGCAAACAUACCAACGGCAAAUGGCUCGCAUCUUUGCAUGAUGCCGGGCGGAAGGAUGCUUCCUCGACUUCCAUUGCAGCGUCAAUGUCCCUCAGUCUGACAUCGCCUCCGCCACGUUAUCCGUCUGACGGUGUCACUGCUGGGUCACUCUUCAUCAAGCUAUCAAUUUGUGUCGAGGUCGCCGUCUCCUCAGACGCUACUGGACCCAUCGCACGCGAUAGAAUUCUCGACAUGGCAAGGAUCGUUCAUUUCGCCGAUCAGUGGCCCGACCCUGUGGAGUCGUCGACCGACGUUGACGCCGCCUUCGUCUAUCAAAAUUUACGCCCGGCGUCACUCGAGACUCCGGAAGCCGUGCAGCAUGCCGAUCUGGUCCCCACGCUGCUUCCCUUCCAGAAACGCUCGACCUGCUUCGUGCUUGGGCGAGAGGGGUGGAUGUUUGACUCGCAUGGAAACCUCAACCAAACCGACAAAGUCAUUGGACAUGAUUCCGUUGGCGACGUCGGACUUUGGUGGAAACGGGUCGGCCCAGAUCUGUACUACAAUUGGAUCGAGGCACGCUUCGUUCGCGAUGCCAAGCUUACCUUGCACAGCAACUUCAGAGGUGCCAUGCUCGCCGAAGAGAUGGGUCUCGGCAAGACCGUCGAAGCUGUUGCCCUCAUCCUGCUCAACCCCGACCCUUCCGCCUCUUCUCGUCCUGGUUGGUACGAUACGCGCAAUGAGAUCGACGUCGUUCCGACAAAAACCACGCUCAUCGUUGCACCCGAGUCACUUCGCGCACAGUGGAUCGAAGAGAUCGCUCAGCAUGCACCCGGUCUAGCCGUGUACUCGUAUCAGGGCAGGACAAAAGCGGAAGGCGACGUGCCCGAGGGACUCGCUUGGGAGACGUGGGCGCAGCGUUUCGACGUCAUGAUCAUAUCUUACAACACACUCUCCAGAGAACUCAGCACAGCCAAGAGUGCGCCCGCCCGAUCACGGCGCCAUGAACGCAAAUACGAACGCCCACGAAGCCCUCUUGUCAAGCUGCAUUUUCACCGUGUUUUGAUGGACGAGGUGCAGAUGAUUGGUGCAUCGAGUGCAGCAGAGACCGUAUCCAUGAUUUCGCGCGGCUCGUCCAUUGCCGUCUCUGGCACCCCGGUGAAAAAGCUCGAGGAUCUGAGAUCGUGCUUUCGCUUCCUUCGUGUUCCUGGCUAUCUGGCCACCAACGGUGAAUGGCAGGCUCUGACACAUCCUUUGCUGGCUCCGGCCCUUGUCCGUGUGCUGCAGACGAUCGGCACGCGUCAUACAAAAGCACAGGUCGCUUCGGAGAUGGCGCUGCCGGUGCAGACGCGAGCAGUCAUUCCGAUCGAGUUUACCUCGAUCGAAGCCGCUUUCUACGCCGACAUCUGGAAGGAGGCGCUGUCGGACAUCGCAUACACUCAAGAAGGCAACCCCCAAACUCCAGAUCAGCAGCUCGAUAUCACCAAGAUGCGCCACCACUUGCUGCUAUUGCGCCAGGCAUGUACCCAUCCCCAGGUUGCUGUUACCUUCCGUUCCGGCGUGGUCGGCUCCAAGAACCUCCGCAGCAUCGAUGAAGUGCUCGAACUGAUGAUCGACUCGACGAGAAACGAACUACACAGCAACCGCACGUCUUGGUUCGAUCGACGCAUCCAUCGCAACAUCCUCUCCUUGUAUCGUCGCAAAGAGGACCAGCGUCUGCUCGCAGCAUCUCAGUUCAACGACAUCGAAAAAGAGAUUCAUGCAGAAGUGGGUCUCCUUGAGCAAGAAAUCCGCGAGGGCGCCACCUUCGGCCCGCUCUAUCGUUUCUCUCUUCAGGAACUAGAGUGGGAGCGGAAGGCGGAGAUGCGAAGGCGGAAGCUUGGCGCAGAUGUCGAAGACGACGACAAGUCCGACGAAGAUGUCGAAGACUUAUUGGAAUCCAUUGUCGGAGACCGCCAGGCCUACCUGAUUCUGAAGGAGAAGCGCAAAGCAAGGGCAGCUCAUGUGGUCCAAGUCAAAGCUUUGCUUCGCAAUGUGCUCAUGAAGCUGCAUCGCCUCUUGCAAUUUGCCGGCAAUCUCUACUUUCAGAGAGGAGAGUUUCAAGACGAGAAAGAAAAAGCAGUCCAGCAGCAAGACACUGCGGCCAUCCCAGGAGCCGAGUGCGGCCCGAUCAAGCUUGGGCCAGACACUGCUCAAAUUGACUCUGCAGCGAUCGAGAUACCCAUGGAACCUGUACAGUCGGACGUCGCUAUGGACAAAGCUGUUGUCUCGAGUCAGGGCGAUGAGCCGCUCACUGAAGCAUCUCUUGACCGCAAGCCUCCCCUGGAUGACAAGCUCGCCGUAAGCCCCGAGCGUCAAAAUCUCAAAGACAAGGAAGAUGCUGCGUACGUCAAAGCCGAACAGGUUCGUCAGCGACUCCUCACGGAAGCUCGCCAAGUGGUCCAGAACGGGGUCACCAAGCUCGAACGCAGUCAGGUCAAGUUGCACGUGAAUGAUAUCCGCGCAUCAGACGAGAUUUUCAAGAGCGGCGGCGGCAUUCUUAGUCACGAGUCAUACGAUGGCCUGACCCAGAUCGUGGAUCUACUCAACAGGCACGCUGAGGUGCUCUUCAAGUGGCGCGAUAGCAUAGUGGUUCGCUUGGUGCGGGCAGUCAACCGCGAUGUCAGCCUCGAACGCGAAGACGAUGACCAGUAUCAGGAGAAUCUCGACACGCAGGCAGAAGCCGAGGUGCUGCUGGAGAUGUAUCGACCUCUCCUUUCCGAGCGCGAGAAGAUCCUGAAGGGUAGUGUCGCUGUGGGCGCCACUGACAAACCGCGACUGUUUAAGGAGAUCGAGGCAGCUGUUCGAGUGGCCCGUCAGAACAGCCUGCGAGGUAUCGUGCCUGACGACGCCGCGGAUGAGGAGCUGCUGCGGGUGCAGCAACAGCAACUCGAGCAAUUCAAGAACCUCGAUCAAGAGCGUCAGUCCGUGUCGCUAUCUGGCCCUCUCGUGUCUCUCAGCGAUGAGGCCGAGCACCUCAAGGGACUACGCGAUAAUAGCUUCCGCGCGGAAGAAUCGGCCCUGGCACGGCAGGCACAUCUUGAAGCGAGGCGCAUCGCGACCGAGCAGAUGAAGCAUCUCGAAAAGCUCAGGAACGAGGAGAAGCUGCUGUUGACCUCGCUCUUCAAUGCACGCAGUCAAUACUUCAAAGAGAUUCAAGUCAUCUCGGACACGGUGCGAGACCCCCUUUUCGUGGAUCUCGAGAAGACCAUUCGAGCUACACAAAAGGAGGAGGCCGAUUUGAUCUCCAAGGUGGAUGAGCUCGAAAGGCGGCUGAGGUACUUGACGCAUCUGCAAAUGGUACAGUCCACCGAUCAGUUGGACGAUGCUGCAAAGACUUGCAACAUCUGCACAGACCUCAUUGAGAUCGGCAUCCUCACCAACAAGUGCGGCCACGUCUGCUGCGAGAGUUGCUGGAAGGAAUGGCAAUCGCAAGGACACCGCACCUGCGUCCUAUGCCAGACACGGGUGCUGCCCAACGAGGUUCAUCGCAUCAUCUACUCGAACAACAAGCAGACUACCGCCCAAGAUGGCCAGGUGGGGCUGGUCGGCGAGGGCCGCGGGGAUGCAAACGCAAGCAAAGACGGCACUAUCAUUGCAGAUCCAUUGGCAGUGCGAUAUCACGAGCUCGACGACGCGCUCCGCGUCUCCCUGAAUAGGCUUGCUAUUCAAGGUCGUUUCGGCUCCAAGAUAGAUCACGUCACCAAGCACGUACAACAUGUCAUCAGCACCACCGGCGACAAGUCGCUCAUCUUUUCGUCGUUCGGACGAGGACUGGAUGUGAUCGCACAGUCGCUGACCGCCAACGGCAUUCGCUUUGUGCGUGUGACUGGCGCAGGCAAGCUAGGAGGCGAGGCGGCCAAGGUGUUCCGUAGCGACCCCAAUGUUCACGUGAUGCUCCUCCACUCUGAAGCGCAGAGCGCAGGUCUCAAUCUUUUGUCCGCCUCACACAUCCACAUACUCGAGCCGCUGCUCAACACAAGCCAGGAGUUGCAGGCGAUAGGACGUGUGCACCGCAUCGGUCAGACCAGGGAGACCAACGUCUGGUGCUACUACGUCAAAGACACGGUGGAGGAGCGGAUCCUUGCCUUGUCAACGUACAAGGGACAGAGUCUGUACCUCGACGGUCGUAACACAAGUGCGGCAGACGGCCCCAGCAUUUAUCGGGCAGCAUCGAACAGCACCGCAGCAGAUCUCUCGAGGGAAGAUGCAAAGAAGUGGUCUGCUUUCGGUAAAGGCAACACAACAGGAUCGGGCGGGACGAUGCGCGGCGACGCGACGAGCAAUAGCGCCGAACUGCUCGCCUGCUACUUUGCUCGCUAUUUGCCUCAGCUCGGUCGACUGCCGACAACAGGUUCACAAGAGUCUGCACAGGCUUGGAUCAGCGGAGUUGGAUCUAAUAAAGCUCGAGUAGCCGAGACUUCGAGGGACAUGACUAACGGCAGCGGGGUCUCGCAAGAAGAGGAUGAGCUCACAAAGAUGCGAAGGGCAAGGCUGGCGGCAUUUGAACAGCGGCAAGGCAACGGCACGGCGUAG